GGCGGCAUGGCGUACUGCAACGAGAGCCUGCUGGAGGAGUGCGGCUUCAUGCAGCCUCACAACGCGGGCGAGGCGGCAGGAAGCCUGGCUCCUGAAGCCGCCACUCCGCUCAUAUCGGUCACUCUCCGCGUCACCCUGGCAGCCGUAAUGAUCUUCAUGAUCACCAUCGGUUUCCUCGGCAACGCCAUCGUGUGCCUGAUCGUUUACCAGAAGCCGGCCAUGCGCUCCGCCAUCAACCUGCUGCUGGCCACGCUGGCCUUCUCCGACAUCAUGCUGUCGCUGCUCUGCAUGCCGUUCGCCGCCGUCACCGUGGCCACGGCCGACUGGAGCUUCGGCAGCGGAUUCUGCCGCGCCUCCAUCAUGCUGUACUGGCUCUUCGUCCUGGAGGGGGUGUCCAUCCUCCUCAUCAUCAGCGUGGACCGCUUCCUCAUCAUCGUGCAGCGGCAGGACAAGCUGACCCCCCACAGAGCCAAGCUGCUGAUCGCCGGCUCCUGGGUGCUCAGCCUGUGCGUGUCGCUGCCCUCCGUGGUGGGCUGGAGGACGGGCGCGGCGGGGAUCGGGGGCGCCUGGGCGCCGCAGUGCGUGCUGGGAUACAGCGAGUCCCUGGCGGACCGCGGCUACACCGUGCUGCUGGCCGUGGCCGUGUUCUUCGUGCCGUUCACCAUCAUGCUCUACUCCUACAUGUGCAUCCUCAACACGGUGCGGCGCAACACCCUGCGCAUCCACAACCACGCCAGCGAGCGCUCCUGCCUGCCGGCGCUCAACCAGGUCAGCAAGAUGAGGCUGACCGGGCUGCAGCGGCCGCCCCCCAUCAAGGUGGACAUGAGCUUCAAGACCAGAGCCUUCACCACCAUCCUCAUCCUCUUCGUGGGCUUCUCGGUGUGCUGGCUGCCGCACACCGUGGUCAGCCUGCUGGCCGUGUUCAGCCGCCAGUUCUACUACAGCUCCGUCUUCUACCCCGUCAGCAUCGGCGCGCUGUGGCUCAGCUACCUGAAGACCGUCUUCAACCCCGUCAUCUACUGCUGGCGGAUCCGCAAGUUCCGGGAGGCCUGCCAGGAGUUCAUCCCCAAGAGCUGCAGGCUGUGUCCGCGGGUUCCCGGCCGCAGCCACCGCCGGGUGAGGCCCAGCAACAUCUACGUGUGCAGCGAGACUCAGUCCGCCGUGUGA